AUGUCUAAUAUUCGAAGAGAAUUAAUAGAAGCGGCACUUAGUAGAGCAUUUAUAUCAAUUGAUUAUAAUAUUUACAAUGGCUUCCACGAACAAAAUGAGUUUUGCGAACAAUUUAUUCUUGUUGAUGAUUCUCUUACAGAAGAAGAAAAAACUGAAGCAAUAAGAUUAAAUAAUAAAAAUUAUGACCGAGAUAAAAUUAUUUAUAAUUCAGGAACAAGAAGAAUUUGUGAAAAUUGUAACCAGAAAUGUUUAGCUACAUUAUAUUGUGAAUAUUGUGUUCAAAAUUAUUUAAAAACAAACUUUUCAAAUUGGACAUCUGGAAAUAAUAAUAUUGAUAAUUUAAUAAAAAGUUGUCAAAUGGAAACAUUUAUGCCAAAUACAGUUAUUGAAUGGAUCCCAUACAAUAAUUUAGAAAAUAUCAAAUAUCUAACAAAAGGUGGAUUUUCUAAAAUUUAUACAGCACAUUGGAUUGGUGGGAACUAUGAAGAAUGGGAUUCUAAAACACAACAAUUAGAAAGAAUGAAAAGAUAUGGAUUAAAAAAUCUUGCAGGUAGAGUAAUACUUAAAGAAUUAGAAAAUGUUGAAAAUGCAAGUCAAAGUUGGUUUGAAGAGGUUAAAUCACAUUUUACUAUAUGCAACAAACAUACAAUAAUUGUUGAAUGUUAUGGUAUAACACAAAAUCCAUCAAAUGGAAAUUAUAUGCUUGUAAUGAAUAAAUAUGACAUGAAUUUAAGAGAAUAU